AUGGGCUUCGUACCAAUCACCAUCUCGGCGGGUCAAAACCCCCUGGUGCAGUUUGACGGCAAGAUCAAGACACACUUUCUCCAGCCGCCAGCGGGAACAGCGUUCCAAAUCCUACAGACAUACCAGCCGCUUGCCAAAGGCGACACAAGCGGCGUGUACCGCGGCCCUCCGCCGCACUUCCACGUGCACCAGACGGAGCGGUUUCGCGUUCUUAAGGGCCGCAUCGGCGUCGAGAUCAACGAGCAGGCCAUAAUCCUCCGUCCCGGUGACGAGGUUGCCGUCUGCCCCGCGGGGAACAUCCACCGCUUCUUCCUCGAUGUCGACGACUACGUCAAUUCCGAGGGCGGAGGUGAAGAGGAUGGUGACUGGGAUGGCGAAAGCAUCCUGAUGGUCAACGCAACGGACAGCGGCAAGGACUUCGUUCUGGACCGCAUCUUCCUCGAGAACUGGUACGGGGUGCGCGCCGACAGCUUCAAGUACUACAACAAUAAGAUCGACUUCAUCCAGCAGUGUGCAACCUUUGACGGCGGCGACCACUACCUCCCAUUCCCGGCCACACUGCCCGAGUGGGUACCCAAGCCGUGGUCCGUCUGGAUCCGCACGCUGCUGGGUUACUGGAUGACGGUGCUGAUCGGCCGGUGGAUCGGCGGCCUGCUCGGCUACCAGCCCUUCUACCGCGAGUACACCACCGACUGGGAGCUGGCCGUAGCGAAGAUGCAGGGCACCUGGUUCUACCGCAAGAACGUGCAGACGGCCUACCGCGCCGCCUCCAGCUGGGCCAAGCUGCAGCAGAUGGAGCCGUGGAGCGACGAGGGCGCCGCGCGGAUGGGGCUGGACAAGGCCAACGGGAACUUGAGGAAGACUUGA